AUGGAAAACCAGAAAAUUAUACCCCGAAAGCCAUGCGUCCAAAUCCCUCCUCCCCUAUUCGCUUACCAAUGGAGCGACCGUCACGGACCCGAAGCUCGCCAGCAGCCCCUCAAUAUCGUCACGUCUCCAACUGUAUACAGUCCUACAGAUAUAGAACCCAGAGAUCGAGGAUUGAACAUCACACAGUACUCCAGGUUUGGUCAAGACCCCAAUCUCCGGUAUAGUCAAGCACAAGAAGGUGACCCUGAGACGGUCUGUCGUCAGAACGCAAUGGACCAUAGCCAGGACACAGAUAGACGUGAGAUUCACGUGGAUCAGCCUACGACUUUCACUCGGACAGGUUUACAUACCAUUUACGACGAGCCCUCAGCCACAAACAGUAGGGCUGAACUUUCAGACAACGGACAACAACCUCUCAACAUCGGAAUACCCACCCGCUCACACAGUCCCUACAAUACACACGAGUCGCACGACGAUACGGUUCUAUUGCACAACGAUAGAAGACAGCCGAGGAAAAGGAGUUCAAUUCUACAAACUCCCAUCGAAGUUGCAGAAGCAGCAUUCAAUAGCAUAGCAAACGCCGCCUCUGGAGCCGUCCGAAGAAGCUCAACAUGGAGACUUCGCCGCGAAGCCCUCCGCGACAAGCAAGGCUAUGCCAGAAUACACAACGCACAAUGGCAACGAAACACAUUCGUCCAGGUCAUCUUCCAACUUGUCUUCUAUCUCGUCCUCACUGCCGUCGUCUACUUUGUCUUCGUCGGCGUACCGCUGUGGAAAGGUACGACAUGGUACAUGUACCAGCUGCUAUCAAAGAUGCUCGUGUUGAAGUACGGAUACGUCAUCUUCAUCGGUAUCGCGACCAUUUACGCGUUCCUGCCGCUUCUCAUCCUUUUUGAGAAGUAUCCAGAGAAAGCACUGCCGCUGGAUGAUCCGCGGGUCACUCAGACAGCCUUGAUCAUCCCUUGUUACAAGAGCGCCGGUAUCAUUGAGAAUACAAUCAAGAUGGCGCUCAAAGUCUUCCCGCCUCAAAACAUCUUUGUCAUCGCAAAUGGCAAUUCGCCCGAACCUUUGGACAACACUGCUGACGUUGUUGCACCGUACGGUGUGAACCAUGUCUGGUCCCCUGUUGGCUCGAAGAUUGUGGCACAGUUUGUGGGCUGCUACGCGGCUGAGAGGUUCAAGUACGUACUGUUGAUUGAUGACGACUGUGGUCUACCUCCAAAUUUCCCUAUCGUUUCGGAUCGUAUCAAAGGAAAAGUCAAAUGCCUCGGAUACACGAUCAAAUCCGUAGGGCCCGGAUCGUCCAAGGGGACAUUUUGCCAGCAGGCCCAGGAUCUCGAGUAUAAACUUUCCGGUCUUCAACGAGCUGUUGCUGGGAAAAUGGGUUCUUGCACAUUUGCGCAUGGCGCUAUCGCCUUGUGGGACAGGAAGUUCCUUAUAGACACGUUCAACGAGCAUCCCGGAUUUUCCGUUUCAGAGGAUUGGUUCUUUGGACAUGCUGCGCGGAAGCUUGGCUCCAGAAUUACCAUG